AAAACACAAUUGAAAGACAAAACGAAAGACAAAUACAGAUCUAUUUAUAACAUCUAUUUUAUCGAUUGGUUUUCCCUGUGUUUCACAUCUGUUUCCACGCGAAGACACCAUCAGUGAAGACAAUACACACCUCAAGACCUGUUGUAUUGUUUGGCUUUUGAACGCAAAAUCAUUGCAGUUUUUUUCGCCCAUUUAUUAAUGCUUUUAAAUGUCAUUUUGAUAAUACAUUUUGCAUUACAUAUAAAGUGAUCGUUAUUUUUCUACCGCGAAAGCGAUCGAUAUAUCGUUGCCAUUGUUUUUAACCGCAAUCAUCGCCGAAGAAGACAAUCACAAGAGCUGUUGACCGCGUUAUGUCAGAAACGGUACGAUUCGUGACCUCAACGGCCAAUCGGGGCGUAAGUGGCGGCGCAGAGGAGCCUACGGUCGCCGAAGAGAUGCACGAGUUUAUCACAUUUCAGCGCCAACUGUCGCGACCCACAGAUCACUACCGGCCCAACCGAUUGGUGGCCGACGACAGCGCCGCCAACCCAUACGCCCCGCCGCCCAAGUCUUCGCACUCGUCGCACACUUUCGCACCCUUUAUGUCGAAGUUCCUGAAGGAUCCGAUCGCCACUUCACUCAACUCUUUCAGUAAAGUCACUAAUUAUGUGACGAGUCCUACGUUUUACGACGAAGAGUACCUCUCGUCCAUCCCAUCGCUGAGUUUGUUAAGACCGCCCGGAAAUGCCGAACGAGUCAAACGCCGCGGAUCUCCUCAACCCCACGAAGAGUCCACAGUUAACGAGCACACAGUCAUCGAUCCGAUGACCACAUCCAAUAACUUCAAUGUUGUCAAUACAGUACCCCUUCCGCCACCGGCACUGCCGGCCAUUCCCUGCACUGAACCGCAGUACAGGGUUUUGCCGCUUAGUUUGCAAGAGUUUGAAGAGAAAUCCGGGGAACUGUCUAUUGAUCAGAUCAUUGAACGCAUUUUUCGAGGCGGCUUAAGCGACAAUGAGUUUCGGCAGCGAAUGUGGCCAUUGGUGUUGGGCUUAACCGAAAGCGCCGACGAGUUUGAUUGGCAAGAGUUGUCCGAUUUGUACGACAAAUACCACUCGCAGUGGAACUCAAUACUAGCGGAUCAGGAGUUGAGGUUUACAGCCUAUCGCGAGAGGAAAUCAUUAAUUGAGCGGGAUGUGAUUCGAUGCGAUCGAUCGCAUCGGUUCUAUGCGGGCGAGUCAGACAAUCUCGAAAAGUUAAGGGCUGUGCUCUUGACAUACACUAUGUAUGAUUUCGACACCGGCUAUGUUCAGGGUAUGUCAGACUUGGCGUCGCCUUUACUAUACGUAAUGGACGGCAAUGUAAUGAAAGCUUUUUGGUGUUUGGUUCGAGUCAUGAAAUUAAUUGUA